UCAAUUUUUUGAAUUUUGGUGCAUACCUCUGUUUCUUUUUUUUUUUCAUGGAGACUGCUCGCAAUAUUAUUCCUCGGCCUGUUCUUUGCUUCCCUGGCACCAGAAUUGCUACUCACCGUUUGAGCUUGCCUCCUAAUGGUCUAGGUACUGGAAAAUGUGGAGUCCCAUUUAGAAGCAAACGCUAUGAUCAUCGUAUUUUGAGUCGUGGAUUUUCCGAUUCUGGGCAUUUAAAAUACUAUGUGUCGCCAGCGAGGUGUAGUGGAAAGAAAGAGAAGAGUAAAAAGAAGCAGCUCAAGUUGUUGAGAAGAUUGUCCAGGGACUUGCCCAUUUUUUCCUACGCGGUCUGUGGCGAAGAGGGUAACGGUAGUUUGAUUGGUGAAGUCAAGGAGAAGAUGAUUUCGGAAGCAACAGAGAUUUUACUAGCGGAAUUGCAAAAUCGGAGGUUAGAGCGAAAGGAACAGAAGAGAAAGAGAAGAGACGAGAGGGCAACGCUGAUUAAAAAUAGGCCCAGGUGUGACUCUGGAUCUUCGUCGUCGUCGAGCUCUUCCUCUUCCGGGUCAUCUUCACCUGAGUCAAGUGAUAGUGAUUGUAGUAGAGAGGUAGUUUCCAUGAAACAGAUGAGAAGCAAAGCUUUGAACCCUUUUAUAGAGAUUGAAUCGGCAAAAGCAAUUAAAGAAGCAACUCAAGAAGAUCAGCACAGGGAUACAGUAUCAGGGGCUAAAUCUAAUGAUUCAAGUCCUCAAAAUCUCAGUGAUGGCGUUCAGAUCGGGGCGUCUGGGAGGAAGAUUGAGAUAUGCAUGGGUGGUAAGUGUAGGAAAUUGGGAGCAGCUGCUCUGUUGGAAGAAUUUGAAAGGAAGAUCGGAAUGGAGAGUGCUGUUGUUGGUUGCAAGUGCAUGGGGAAAUGCAUGAAAGGUCCUAAUGUCCGGGUUUUCAACUGUACUGUUGAAAAUGAAGACAUGAGAGUGGAGGAUUCUAUUAAACCCCCACUUAAUCUUCUAUGCAUCGGAGUUGGUUUGAAGGAUGUGGGUAUCAUUAGUCGUCAACUUCUGGGCAAUGAUGGCAAAGACAGGAAUCAUGCAUGUCUGAUGGCACCUUCAUGAGGAGACAUAUUUACCUUUUUUCCUUGUGAAUUAAUUUGUUUAGUUCAUUUUUGGCGUCUAACUGCAAUUGGGCUGCUGACUAUCUGCAUAGUUUAAAAAAAAAAAAAAUGAGAGGAGGAAUAAGAAAACCAGGCAGGCUUCACGCCUUCAUGUAAUGAGAACGAUGAGCACUGAUUGAAAUUUAAUUAGCAGCAUGAAAAUCAGAAGUUUCUCUCUUC